UUUUGUAAAUGAAAUAAUGUAAAUCGAUGGUUACUCAUAUGAAUUUUCGUAGCCUUUUAAAAAAAAACACUAUGCACAUCAUCUUUGUUUCAAAUUGGAAUUCCUAACAAUAACAGUGUACCAGUGACGUAGUUACAUCUACUUUUAUUGUCAUUCAUCGCAUGUAUAGCUUGGUAACUUUGUUUGUAACACUCCCGAUGCUCCGCGCGGGCCGGGGGUCGUGUAGCGAUGAAUGAAAAACCCACGACUGAUGCACCUCACUUCUCCGCACGCACGAUUUCACAGUCUCCCUCCCCACACUGCUGCGACCCAGUAAAAAUACAAAAUUAAAUGAAUACAAUAGUACAAUAGAAUUUGUCUUUAAACCAAUUUGCGUGCUUCUCGAUCCAAUAUCGAUACGAAUCCAAACAUUUUGAGUGCCUUUCGCGUGAAGUCUGGCCAGUGCCUAUAGGUUGAAAUUAGUUAAUUACCCGGUUGUUAUUUUUUUCGAAAUCAUUGUAUUUGAUCAAAAUGUAAAGAUCAAAGAUACCAUUAAAGACGCCAGCGGUAGUUUAUAAAUAAAACGGAAUCUUGGCAAUGCUAUUGACAUUGGCUGUGAAAAAUCAUCUUUAUGCUAUUAAUAAUGAUAGUUCAUUUUGUAAUAACUGAACUGUAGCAUGUGGACAUGUCAGUCAAGUUCAUUGUCACAUCGUAAUAUGACGUAGUCACGUGAAAACAAACAGAACUAAUAUUAUAACAUUAAACCUAUUCAUCAUCAUCAUCAUCAUCAUCAUCAUCAUCAACCCAUAUUCGGCUAACUGCUGAGCUCGAUGAGAGAGGUUAGACCAAUAGUCCAACACGCUGGCCCAAUGCGGAUUGGCAAACUUCACACAUGCAGAGAAUUAAGGAAAUUCUCUGGUAUGCACGUUUCCUCUCGAAAAGUUGGAGGUGCAUGCCCUGGACCGGAUUCGAACCCACACCCUCCGGAAUCGGAAGCAGAGGUCAUAUCCACUGGGCUAUCAUGGUUUUGAUAUUUAAGAAUAGGUUAUAUUAUUUUUCUCUCCAUCCGUUACCUUGUAUUAAUAGUCAGUAGACAAAAAUGAGCCGUGAUAGCCCAGUGGAUAUGAUCUCUUGAGUUCUUAUUGUAUACUUAAAACUAUCUGACGCCGCGCGAUUUCACCCGCAUGGUUCCCGUUCCCGUAGGAAUACGGGGAUAAUAUAUAGCCUAUAACCUUCUUCGAUAAAUGGGCUAUCUAACACUGAAAGAAUUUUUCAAAUUUGACCAGUAGUUCCUGAGAUUAGCGCGAUACAAACAAACAGCUUUUUAGCUUUAUAAUAUUGGCAUAGAUUUGGGACCCACUAGAUAUCAUUUCUUUUGUCGGCAACUCGGCAAGUGUCGAUAACGACACAAAUAUUGAAUUUUGCUCAUAUUUUCACAUUUAUGUUUUGCUAGGAUCUGGUUUACGUAAAACGUGAAUUCGUUAUAAACGUCAUGGCGUUGGCAUACAAAGUGCCAACAAAUGGUUUAUGUAUGUCAUCAAUUUAGAUAUUAUCUAAGUAAUAUUUUAACGUGUCCAUGUGUGUCCAUAUAUUUCCUCAUUUACUAAAAACAGCAUCAAUGAAAUGACGUCAUUUGGCCAUCCGAUAACUUACAAUGUAAAAAUUAUGUAUUUUAAUGGCGCUUAUUGAUGGAGUAAAUGUAAAUUUUGUGGAAGUUUAUUGUUUGCCUAUUUAGGAUACAAUUAAAAUAUUUAGAUAAAAUAUAGCCACUCACAAAAGACGUGGCUUUCUACUAGUAAAACAAUUUUCAAAAUAGGUUUAGUAGUUUUAAAGAUUACCCCCUAUAGUACUGUACUUCUUUAUAAAUAAUAUCAAGUAUACUUUUAUCAGAAAAAACGCUGCAAUACUCCUCUUUUAAGUAAGCCUUGGUAGUUAAAGAAUGUUAUGGUCUAUUGGUUUUAGUCAUAAUAUUCUAUACUAAUCUUUACUAAUAUAUACUAGCACUAAUGUUAAUAUUUAAAGAGAAGUCGUUAUAAGUUGUAUAGUCCAAUAUCUGGUCUCUACUAAAUCGAUUUUACAAAAUCUUUUACACAAUAGAAACGUUUUAAGAGUGUCAUAGGAUAAAUUAUAUCCGUUUUAUCAUGGGAAUGGGAACUACGCAGUUGAAACCACGGGGCAGCUGCUAGUGGAAAAUAUUUCGAAUUCCACAGGAACUAUGUUAGAAACUUUUGCUUGAAUUGAUAGACAUAUUGGCUAACCAUGCAAGAUUAUUGCUGAAUUAUUCUCGGAUUGUAAUUUGUCGUAUCAAAUUUGAUGGCGUGUCGAGAAGGAAUUGAACACGUGUCGUGGUUUAGACGACAUUAAUCUUAACGCAAAAUAUAGUUUGUUGUAUCGCCAAUUAUAAACUAACUUUAUGGUGUGAAUGCUAUUUAAUGUUAAUGUUUGUAUUUACUGUCAGUUUUUAUUGCAGGCGCAAUUUUGUCUGUAAAAUUCAGUUUUUUAAAAUCCCACAGGAGUGGAUUUUUGCGAGAUAACAAUAGUCUUGCUUAUCUUUCAUUUAAAGUUCCAAUAAAUUCGGUUCAACCGUUUAUGGGAUAAUUCCGAAAAAACAGAUAGACAGACGAAAAUCGUGUUCCAGUAUGGUGUAAAUAAGUAUAAUCACUUCAAAAAUUACAGGCUUCGUCACGUCUCACAGUCUUGAGACAGUCUUCAAUUAUUUUACUUAAUUUUUAAUUAUGGCAAAAGGUUAUUUAAAAAUAUUUGUAGGCAAAACAAUUUGCUACAAAUUAUAUUUUCGCAAAUUUUUCUUAAGACGCAUAGUUUCCGAGAUAUCGCGAAAAAAGUGUUUUUACCCCUUUUUCAAGAUGGUGGCCGGAGGACAAGGGUGGCGACCCGACAAACUUGAGGUUAAGCUUCUAUUGAUCUCCACACAUGUCCCAAAAAUAAAAUGGCAUCCUCUAAAAAAGCAAAGCUCAUGAAACAUUUCAAUGGACUAUAUUGUGUUAGAAAUAUAAUAAUACUUAUAUUGUAGCUCUAUAUGAUAGAUUAAAUGCAACUGCGCAUGCCUUAAUCAAUGAAUGUUAUAUUUCUUCGCUUAACAUGAUUGACCUCGACUCAUGUGGCCAAGAAUAAAACCCCCAUCGUGUGACAUAAAGACGUAAUGCUUCUAAUUUAAUAAUGUACGUAAGAAGCAACAUAAUACAAACAUCUGACUGAAGCGGGCAGUAAUCGAUGCCUGCGCGCGCAGCUAUGGAUAAGGCUUUAAAGUUCUACCACGAAACACUACGUAGUGAACUAGGUGCACGUAUUUUCAUUCCAUUGGUGGCUUUACACUUUAUGCAACAGUAACAAUAACGAGAGAUAGUAAUGUAAAACAAACAUGCAGAUAUAGUCGUGGAUAUUGCAACACAGAACAGGGUUGCAAUGCUAAUAUUUGUAAAAUAGAACAAGAGGUAGAACUGCAUCGUAUGCAAGUACAUGCUAAUAAUAUCGAUUGAAAUACAGACGUAGAAAACGUUGAACUAAAUUUCGUUUAGAAUAAAUUAUACAGAAAUGAAUAAAUAAUGGAAAGAUAAAAUCAACGGACAGUUAAAGUAGAUGAACUAAAGAUCAAAAUUGGAUAAAAACUGUUGAAGGGAAAAAGCAAGAGGGUUAAUUAGGUCCAGUGACCUGGGCUCGGGCGCAUAACUGUGCCUGUAAUGGAGAAAGGUGAACGUUUUUCAGAGUACCUGUUCGUGAAGAUGGGCCCAGGAGACAGGGGCCCUAAGACUACGGAGGACCGGUCGGCUCCAGUGGACCCUACUGGCGUCAAAAAAUGGUUUAUAGACAACAAGUUGCUUGUUAUUACUCUGGCUGGAGUGCUUGCAGGAAUUGCAGUUGGAUUUGGUCUUCGUCCGUACCAUCUAGGCCCAGAUGCUUUGAUAGUGAUAUCGUAUCCUGGAGAACUGUUCAUGAGAUUAUUAAAGCUUAUGAUUUUGCCUUUAAUAAUUGCCAGUCUUAUAGCGGGUUCCGCCAGCCUGAACGCAAAGAUGAGCGGCAAAAUAGCAGUCCGAACGUUACUGUACUUCAUCCUGACCUCAAUGUUCAACGCAUUCCUCGGGAUCAUUUUGGCUGUGAUAAUUCAUCCAGGAAAACCGGAAUUACGGGAAGAUUCUACUGCCAUUGUGGAAAAUAAAAGGGACCAUAAAAUUUUAGACAGCCUGCUUGAUAUUGGAAGGAACAUAUUCCCUGAUAACAUAGUGCAAGCGGCAUUUCAACAGGCUCACACAGUGUACACAGAACCAAAGACGUUGUUCUCAAAUGCAAGUGCAUCGAACGACAGUGUUCCGUUGGUUUUAGUGCGGGAAAUACACUACAGAUCUGGAACAAACACUUUAGGGCUAGUUUUCUUUUGUUUAGUCUUUGGUAGUUUAUUAGGAACUCUUGGACAAAAGGGCAAAGUGGUGAUUGAUUUUUUUCAAGCAAUUUUUGAGGUUAUAAUGAAGAUGGUCACCGGUGUGAUGUGGUUCACCCCUUUUGGUGUCAGUAGCGUGAUAGCAGGGAAAAUAUUAGGUGUAAGCAAUGUUGGUCAAGUGAUGUCUCAGCUAGCUUGGUUCAUAGCCACGGUGACGGUCGGUGUAUUUUUGUACCAACUGAUAGUUAUGCAGUUAAUCUACUUCUUCUUUCUAAGGAGGAACCCGUACAAGUUCUACUGGGGCCUGUCUCAGGCCAUGCUCACUGCGUCAGCCACGGCUUCUACGGCCGCAGCUCUGCCUGUAACGUUUCGUGCAAUGGAAGGUCCUCUCAGAAUAGAUCCACGCAUCACGCGGUUUGUCCUCCCCAUUGGCUGCAACAUAAAUAUGGACGGAACUGCCUUGUUCUUAGCUGUAGCCAGCUUGUUUAUCUGUCAAAUGAACAGCAUGCAUCUCGGAUUUGCGCAGCUCGCCACUAUAUUUUUAACCUGCACAGCAGCCUCGGUGUCGUCAGCAUCAGUGCCGUCCGCUGCGAUGGUGUUGCUCCUCGUGGUUCUAGCAGCAGUUGAUGCACCCACUCACGACGUCUCCUUGCUGUUCGCGGUAGAUUGGCUCGUUGAUCGCAUACGGACUACGAACAACAUGCUCGGGGAUUGCUAUGCCGCAGCAGUGGUUGAACGGAUGUCCAAGAAUGAACUGAUGGCCUCUGACGCUGCAUCUAUGGAACCAUCUACCCUGCCUAAUGGUCUACCAACAUCAAACACUGAAGUUGAAAUAGGAAUAGUGACUCCAGGCAAAAAAUCAAUUGUAUCUAAUGACGCUAUUAUUGAUAUGCAUUUACAUAAUGAAACAAAUAGGAUAUAGUGUGACACCAAUAUUAUUAGCGUAAUCUUUGAUAAUAUUGUUAUUGAAUAGACUGUGCCAAUCCCGUAAAAUAUCAACGUAGACUGCAACUUUACUAUAAUUAAAAUAGGCCUCAUUAUUUUGAUGUAUUUAUUAAUUAUAUUCCUCAAUUUAUAAGUGUAUUCAAAAUUUAUAUUCUAACCUUCUAUAAAAUCAUAAUAUAUUUGUAUCUCUUACAACAAGUUUUCCGAAAAAUUGUUCUACUUUAAGUAGCGGAAUAGAAGACGUAUGUUAGUAGAGUAGUUUUAGAAACAGUAAAGGUAAUGUUUUUUUCAAUAUCAUCUUGAAUAAUGUACCCUCUAGAAUGAGUUUACUAUACGGUAUAUUAUAGGACAGGUUUUGUUCAGUUUUUGUUUCAGUCAAUAAUUGCCGGUUUCACUCCUUUUUGCCUUUGCCAGUUUGUCUGAAUCUGAAUCAUUUACUAUUAUGGUAUCCUAUUUGAAGGUUAUUAGUGAUUAUUUUUAUAUUUUAAUUCCAUAAAAGUACCAUUAGUAUGUAUAACUUAUGUUCCUAAUAUUACUUGUUGUGAAUCUGUAUAAUUGAACAUAUUAUUUCAUAACCAACGAAAUAUGUGCGUACCUAAAUUAAAAUUUUCCUUAAUAAUUUUUAUUAGUGACACAAUUUGAAGAGAAAAGUUUA